AGAGAGAGAGAGAGAGAGAGAGAGAGAGAGACUGUGUGCGUAUUGCAUUGAGCAACUAAACUCGCAUCGGUGUUUUCAUCGUUUCUUAUCUACUACCGGUACGAAAUUUUCUCAUCAUUCUUAUAAUUUUCCGAGAAAAUCUUCCAUUUCCCAGUCUGUUCUCUGCUUGUUCUUUUUACUUUCUCGGUUUUUUUUCUCAGUAGGGUUUCUGGGUAUACAGCCUCUUCAUUGUAUCAUCUUCUCUUUUCUCUCUCUCUCGCGUAUUCUCCAUCUUUCUAUUUCAUGAUUCCACUGUAGAUCAUAACUCACACUCUAUGCUUCUGUUUCUCUUGUUUGGUAACUCUGAUUCUGGUUUCUGGGUAUUGAAUUCUACGACCAGAACCCUUAGACUCGUCGUCACAUGACCAGUUUUGUUCCCGAUGUUCCUCGCGACAUCUCUGAUCAAUCUCUCGUUUCAGUAGUGAUCCGAAAUGGGCGAGAGAUCAAACCCGACGUAUCUUGGAUUCAUCAUCGCCCGAAAAUCCGUAAUCUUCUUGUUCAUAUCGAUUCUGUUCAUCCUCUCUUGGUUCUUCAUCUUGCGUUCCACGAACCAAAACCGCGUUCUUGCUUACGUCUCCGUACCUGAACCCACGCUCCUCCCCCAAAUCAACGACGUUUCGAACGGUUCGACGAUGCAGAACGAAGGAGAACAGAGAGGAACAGAGAGAUCAAACGUCAAGGACAAAACCCUCCAAUGCAAGGGGAAGGUUCCUCCACUGGCAGAGCCGCUGAAAGUGUACAUGUACGACAUGGAUCCGUCGUUUCACUUCGGGUUACUGAACUGGAAACCGGAGAGAGACGGCGUCGUUUGGCCGGACAUCAGGGCUGAUAAUGUUCCUCGGUACCCAGGUGGUCUGAACUUGCAACACAGUGUCGAGUACUGGCUCACGCUGGAUCUGUUGUCCUCAGAGCUUCCAGAAGCUUCUAGAAGUCACCGGGAGGCGAUUAGAGUGAAGAACUCGAGCGAAGCCGAUGUGAUAUUCGUCCCGUUCUUUUCGUCUUUGAGCUAUAACCGGCUUUCUAAGGUGAAUCACAGGCAGAGGAAGAACAUGGACAAGGAAUUGCAGGAGAAGACGGUGAAGUUCGUGACGGCGCAGAGAGAGUGGAAGAUAUCAGGAGGGAGCAAUCAUGUAAUAGUGGCUCACCAUCCGAACAGCAUGUUGACCGCUCGGCUCAAGCUUUCGCCUGCAAUUUUCAUACUUGCGGAUUUCGGGAGGUACCCUCUACGCAUAGCCAACGUCGAAAAAGACGUCGUCGCUCCAUAUAAACAUCUCGUCAGGUCAUACGUUAACGAUACGUCGGAUUUCGAUAGCCGUCCUGUCUUGCUAUACUUCCAAGGAGCAAUAUACCGUAAAGAUGGAGGAUUCGUAAGGCAAGAGCUGUAUUACCUUCUGAAAGACGAGAAAGACGUACACUUUGAGUUCGGGAGCGUACGGAACCACGGAGUAAGCAAAGCGGGAGAAGGGAUGAGAGGAUCGAAGUUCUGUCUGAAUAUAGCCGGAGACACGCCCUCAUCGAACCGCCUCUUCGACGCCAUCGCCAGCCACUGCGUGCCGGUGAUCAUAAGCGAGAAGAUCGAGCUGCCGUACGAGGACGUGCUGAACUACAACGAGUUCUGUCUGUUCGCGAGGACGUCGCAGGCUCUGAGGAAGGGGUUUUUGGUAAACAUGGUGAGGAGCGUGGGGAGGGAGGAGUGGAGGAGGAUGUGGGGGAGGCUGAAGGAGGUGGAGAGGCAUUUCGAAUUAGGGUUUCCGGGGAGGGAAGGGGACGGGGUUCAGAUGAUAUGGAGUGCCGUGCGGAGGAAGCUUCCUCUUGUCCGGAUGAAGGUUCAUAGACAUCAACGCUUCUCUAGGUCUUCCUCCUCAUGAUAUUGAAAACAACUUGUAAUAAAUAAUAAUGAUAUAGGUAUAUCAUUUUGGUGUUGUUAAAUCAAAUUGCUAUUAAAAUUUAGAUUUUUUUUG